UGUGACGCCAUCCUUGACUGUGCCGCCAUCUCUGACAGCUGCCAUUGACAGUGGCCUGAGGGAGUCGUCCCAAGUCUCACUGGGUGUCGAGAUCGGAGGUGCCCUCCUUGCCUGCCUUCCUGCCCGCACUCCCACCUGCGGACCCUGACCUGUGUCACCAUGCCUCGGAGGCACAAGAACAAGUACCAUGCCCACGGGAAACGCCACAAGAUCUGGGAGACCACUAAGGAGGCCCAGGCCAGUGCGGCUGCAGCCCCAGGAGAGGAGUGCCCCUCCUCCCCCUCUUCUGUCCCUAAGGGUUCUCCCCCGAGCACCCCUGAUACUGGCAAUCCCCAGGAGCUUCAGGGAGCCAUGGCCCCUAGCUCUCCUGAUGCAGGGCCUGCCUGUGUAGAAUCUGAUGAAGGUGCCCAGGGCCCAGAGGAGGAAAGUGCAGGUGCUUCCCAGGUGACACCCGCAAUGGAGAGCACUUUCAAAGAUCCUCUGGCCAGGAAGGCCAAGAUGCUGGUGGAAUUCCUGCUGGAGAAAUACAUCAAGAAGGAGCCCAUCACGCAGAAGGCCCUGAUGAAAGUCGUCAGCAGGAAGUACAGGGAGCACUUCCCCGAAAUCCUCAGGAUAGCCUCUGAGCGCGUGGAGCUGGUGUUUGGCCUGGAGCUGAAGGAAGUCGACCGCAGCAAGAACAUCUACGUCCUCAUCAGCAAGCUCAGCAUCGGGGGCAACGAAGGUCCAAAUGAUGAGGGUGGGGUUCCCAAGUCUGGUCUCCUCAUGUUGCUCCUGGGGGUCAUCUUCAUGAAUGGUAACCGGGCCACCGAGGAGGAGGUCUGGGAAUUCCUCAAUAUCUUGGGAAUCUACGCUGGGAGGAGGCACUGGAUCUUUGGGGAGCCCAGGAGGCUCAUCACCAAAGAUCUGGUGCAGAAGGAAUACCUGAACUACCGCCAGGUGCCCAAUAGUGAUCCUCCACGCUAUGAGUUCCUGUGGGGCCCGAGAGCUUGUGCUGAGACCAGUAAGAUGAAGGUACUGGAGGUUCUGGCCAAGAUCCUCCAUUCAGUCCCUAGUUCCUUCCCAGACCUCUAUGAGGAGGCUCUGAGAGAUCAGGCAGAGAGAGCAGGGCCGAGAGGCGCGGCCAGGACCCCAACCAUGGAGGCCAGUGCCCCUUCCAGGGCCAAGUCCUGCAGCUCCUCCCACAUCUAGGGAGGCGGGCAGGGCACUUUGUUCCCUUUGUGUUGGAAGACAGCAGUCACGCUCCUAAAUAGUGCAGAGUAGUAGGGUGUAGGAAACAAAACCCAUAUGUUCUUACAGUUGUAAAUGGUAAGCGAGUUUAGGUGCAGCUUGUUUUAACAAAAUAUAUAUCUGUUUUCUUUUAUCCAUAUGAGAAAUACCUAAUGAAAGAUGAUUUAAAGUAGAUAGGUAAAGAGAUGAAGGAGGUGUUUAGUGUUUUCAAAUGUGAUUACUUUUGAUACUGUUUAUUGUGCUUCAGAAUUCAAAUGUAUGAAUCAUAAAUCAGUUUCUUGCUGUUUUAAUGUUUUCAAAGUGUGGGGAUUUGUAAAGCACACUGAAAGUAUUGAAUAUGUUGUUCACAAUCUAAACAAGAUAACAUGACACUAGAAGAGAAUUUUUCUUGAAGAGUAGUCAAGCUUCUAGAGUGCAGGAUCAUAGGGGUGGAGUAAUAAAAUUUAGAUCUCAUUGAUCUUUCUGUUGCACACAAAUAAAUUCUAUAUAUAAUUUUUUCAUUUAUUUCAAAUAUUUUUACAAGAGUUUGCUUU